CCACCAACAGUCGCUGCCCGAUCAUUCAUGAGUUUCUCAGAUAUACUCCGCAUCCUUUCGCUUGACGGGAGCGCCUCUCCGUCGCUGCGAUAGCCAUGAACGGUCGCGAGGUGAACAGGGCCGAGAUAUUCGAAGACGAGAAGAGGAGGAUCAUCGAGAGCUGCUUCGCCAAGCGUGACGAGGACGGUUCCGUUAUCGAAACGUACAUUACCCAUAUCAGAAUCACCGAGUACCAGACGUCUCCGUCCUCGCCGCCGCCCCCGUCCGCGAGAGCACCCCAAUAUGAGAAACCGCGGGUCAUCAUCGUGGCCGUGCGCAAGUCGGGCCGCGUCCGAGUGCACAAGUCUAAGGAGAAUCCCAAUGGUACCUUCUCAAUUGGAAAGACUUGGUUUCUCGACGAUCUUAGCGCGAUCGAGUCCUUCACCAGCCCGACCGUCAACCCGAACGCGCAGCAGUGGGCCGGAGAUGUAGGCUUCGUCGUGACGCUCGGCAAGCCGUACUACUGGGAGGCCCAGACGGACAAGGAGAAGAAGUUCUUCAUCGCCAGUCUGAUCAAGAUCUACAAUAAAUAUACCGGUGGACGCAACCCCACGCUGACGGGGUUCGAGCAGCGCGAGCUUGAACAAGUGCUCGGCGGAGCCCAGGUGUCCCGUCGUCAGGAGCGACCGCCUCCUCGGCCGUCUGCGCCCGAUAGCGCCGCGAGCAGCGCGGGCCCCGCCGGUUCCUCUGGAUACAACCCCCCCCAUGGCGGCCAAGGCAUGCCCGCGCCGGGUAUCUCAGCAAGGGUGCCAUCUCGCAGCGCCCUGGGCCCCAGUGGGAAGUCUUCUCCCGCCCAAAGCAUCGACACCGGGCGGCCAUCUCAAGAACAGCAGUCGCUGCUCAGGCUAGCAACUAGUAACAAGAGCCAGGAAUCGAUAGCCGCGUCCACCAUCACGAGAAGCGACGAUGGUGCCAGUCUGCGGCCGAGCACGAGAGACGGGGCGAACGGAGCGUCUCCCUACGGGACCCCCGAGCAGACUCUGCAAUCAGUGACCGAGGAUAAACCUCCGGCGCGGAAGCGGCCUCCAAUGGACCCUCUGCGGCCGCUGCAGGUUGACAAGAACCUGAUCCCCGCGCCGCUCAUGAGCCCGGGCAUGCGCCGGGAGCCCACGGUGCCGCCGCGAAACGUGGAGAGAGUCUCACCACGGAAGGACUCGAUCAGUCGGAAGAAUGAGCCUGCGCCGGCGCCCGCUCCCGCUCCCGCUCCCGCCCCCGCACCGGCUCCCGCGCCGCGAGCGGAACAGGUCACGACACCCCAGGAGACCACCAGGCCGGAUCUACCGGCGGGCUCACCCAUCGCAGCCGUCUCAACCCCACCCUCUGCUCCUCCCCCGACAACUGCCAUAUCACCCGUUCCCACCCCUCCGGCCGACAAUACCCCGCCCCAGCCUCCUCCGGAGCCGCAGGAGGAAACCAAACCGGGUCUCGGGCCCAUGAUCAAGAAGAGAUCCAGAGGAGAGAUUGCCGGGGCGCUUCGGAAAGCCGCGAAUGCUGCCAGCGCGUUCAAGCCGCGGCCUGGCGGCGCAGCAGAGCGUCUGCUUCUAAGUCAGAACAAACCCAGCGACGGCCCAGAUGGCAUUACAAGUGUGGUCCCGGCUCCCCCCAGACCGGCCCAAAAGCCGCCGGAGCCCGCCCCCGGUGUAGAGCCGCCACCCAAGGCAGCCGAUAGAAACGCCGCCCCGGGCAUCCCGGAGGUCAAGGUGACCGAAUCCGAUUCCGCCACUACGUCAAGCAAGGCCCAAUCGUCGGGGGGUAAGGAGGCCGAGGACAAGAAGGCGGCCGAAGCCUCGGCCGAGGAGGAAGGACCUCGUCGGUCUGUUGUGGCAGGCAACGACACCAAAUACCUCACGACGCUCGGCAUAGAUCCCUCUCUCCUCGACAACCGCGCGAACGAGUUUGCCAAGUGGCUGGACUACUUCGGGUGGGUGCCAGGCGAGAAGAUGCGGUCGCGGACCUUUGAGGAGAUGCGCGCAGACCUGGAUCGCGAACUGAGCAAAGCUCAGGCUGGCGGCUGGCUCGCUCGCUUCCAGGAAGGGGACGAAAGGGUCGAGGCCAUCAAGAGAGGCAUCGACCUUGCGAUCAGCGAGUGUGAUGAGCUCGAUAACCUGCUCACCCUGUAUAGCGUCGAAUUAUCCACGCUCUCGGACGACAUUGCAUACAUCGAGGCCCAGGGCCAAGGUCUCCAGGUGCAGGCCGCGAACCAGAAGCUUCUGAAGAAGGAGCUCGAGUCGCUGCUGGAGACAUGUGCCAUUGGCGAAUCCGACCUCGCCGCGCUCAAGACAGCGCCACUCGAGACCGCCUCGGGCGUCGAGGACAUCGAGGCGGCCCUCGUCACGCUGUUCAAGGCCAUGAUCAAGAUCGACCCGACCCUGGGCAACAACGAGUCCCGCAAGAGCGAUGACCUCAACGGUGACCAGAGCCUGGGUCUCGACAGCGACUACGGCAAGAUGCGCAUCGUCCAAGAGAAGAGGGAGACGUACCUCUCCGAGAGCUCGCAGUUCAUGCGUCGGCUCGUCAUCUUCAUGGAACGGCAGUUCUCGGAAGCAUUCCGCCAGACCAAGGCCGCACUCGACGGGGCUCUCUCGAAGAAGGCCGACGCCCGCAACCACGAGCCCGGCAGGGACCUGCUGUGGAUGUACAGCCCGCUAAUCCUCUACGCCAGGGACGUCGACCUCGCCAACUGGGACCGCAUCCUGCAGAUCUACGAGGACAAGGGCCAUCCGGUCUACAAGACCGAGUUCAGGGACGCCGUGGAGGCCUGGAAGAAGAACGUCAGGAAGGUGACGGGCGACGAGAGCGAGCUGCUCUUUACGUCCCAGCAGGAGAAGAAGGAGGAGGGGCUGGCAACGACGGCGCGGAAGCUCACGGUCAAACGGAGCCAGACGCUGGCGAGGAGCCUCCGGUCGCCGCUCGGCGACGGCAGCCGGACAAAUCUGGCUGCGGACAAGACCCCCGACGGCCGGGCGCUGCCGUACGAGGUGUUUGCCGGCGUUCUGGAUGAUCUGCUACCGUUGGUGGAAAUGGAGCAGAACUUCAUUGUCGACUUGUUUCACGCAACCACCCUCGAGCAGUCCGACUUUCCGGAGCUCGUCGCGGCUUCGCGUCCCCAGGAUCGCCGCGGUGGGGAUCUGAAGCGGCAUCGCCUGAUGGAGCCCGAUCGCGACCUUGCCCGCCGGGUCACCAAGGCGAUGGAAUCGAUCUUCUCGUUCCUCGAGUCGAGCUUGCAGCAGCUGAUGGACUGGGUGCUCAGCAUGGACCCUCUGCAAGGCGUCGGCGUCCUAGCGACCCUGGAACGCAAGAUGGCCGACAUGAGCCAGUCCAACCAGGACUUCCUCAACAACAUCCUGCAGAAGCUGCACGGGAACUUGGAGGCCAAGUUCAGGAAGUUUGUCGACGACCAGGUCCGGGCGAUCGAGGAGACCAAGGUCAAGAUCAAGAAGCGCAAGGGCGUCAUCCACUUCAUCCGCAUCUUCCCCCACUUCACGACGGCCGUGGAGAACAUGCUGGCCAACGUCGACCCGUCGCUCCCCAUCCGGCGCAUGGUCGACCGCGAAUACGACCGCCUGCUCAAGUCCAUGUUCGACUCUCUCAAGGUAAUUGCGCGCGAGAAUCCGGCACCCGGGACCGGGCCGGCGACGGCCCUCUCGUCGGCCCACCCGUCCGCGGCAGCGGCGGACCCGGAGGACAAGGAGGCGCUCAACUUCCACAUCCUCCUGAUCGAGAACAUGAACCACUUCCUCGAGGAGGUGGACAACCCGCGCCACCUCGAGGUGCUCGACGACUGGCGCGAGGCGGCCCAGCGCGAGCUGGCCGAGCACAUGGGCCUGUACAUCAACGCCGUCGUGCGCCGCCCGCUCGGCAAGCUGCUGGAGCACCUCGAGAACAUCGAGGCCCAGCUGCAGGCCGGCGGCAAGAGCCCCGCCGCCGUCGCCGCCCAGCCGAGCAACAGCAAGGCCGUGUUCAACAAGAUCCUGAGCGGCUAUGACGGGCGCGAGGUCCGGAAGGGGAUCGAGGCGCUGAGGAAGCGUGUGGAGAAGCACUUUGGGGACGAGGAUGCCGUCGGUAUUGGCGGAGGCGGAGGAGUAGGCCAAGGAGGUAGCGGAAGCUUGGGCGUCGGUGGUGCUGGUGGUGGUGCUGGAGGAGGCGGGAUUUCGGGAACUAACAAUACCCUUGUGGCCCGGGUGACCAAGGAGUGCGAGAAGUUUUAUGGGGAAGUGGAAAUGCGCAUUGGCAGGGUCACGACGGAUGUGUAUGGCGGGGACGUGCUGUUCGAAUGGCCGCGUGCCGAGGUCAGGGCAGCGUUUUCAAGUCUUGGAGCCAGGUGAGGAAUGAACAAAACAAAAGGGGGGGUUAUGUAUAUGCGGACAUGUCUUGAUAGUCCCGGGUGUUGGGGGAUUCAUGAAGAUAUACAGUUUCCUUCUUCCGGAGAGAUACCUUGCUUCUGGCGGUCUGUCUUGUUGCUUUGAAA